GCUAAUGUAAGUGCCACCUAGUCAAGGGAGUUUACGUUUCCUCUGGAAGCACAAUGAACAUAUUUUGCAUGUAACGUUACUCAGGCAUCCCUGUCUGUUACUAUAUGCUGCACCGAAAAACCAUGGUCGCCACCUGGAAUUGAAAACUUUCUUCUGAGCAGCACCAUGUCUGCCCUGCUGAUAGCCAGCUUGGUAUUUUUGGUUCUGGGACUCGUGUCUAUCUUAAUUCUCAGAUGGAUUGGCUGCAGGUUGGCAGUGCGAUUCUUCCACAGCGUCCUGAACGCUGAGCUGAAGAUCAAAACAGUGGGCCUUUUUUCACUCAGAGGAAUUAGUGUCCAGUUCUUGCCUCAACACACACUGGAAAUAGACCAAAUAUGGAUUUCAAGUAAAUUAGUUAACCAGGAUUUGCCGAGGUACUUGGCACUAUGUGUGGGAGAGACUCGGGUACGGAUCGACCUACAGGAGCCCCACAAGAAGCAGGUGUCCCAGAACCAUGGGGAGAGUCCACGCAAGCCGUCCCUCAGCCCCUCCACACUUCACUUACUUUCCCAGUUGCUCUCACUCCACAUCGGCUCCAUAAACGUGAUGGUGCUGAAUCUGCUGCUGCCCGAGUCUCUCUGGCACAUGACCAGCACAGGAAUCACUCUGCUGCUCGAUCACCAAAGCAAGAGGUUAGCCUGGGACUUUUCAGUGGGACAGCUCAGCAGUAAAGUUCUAAAAAGCAGCAGACUGCAGGACACAUGUCUGGCGGAGGUGUCACUGGGCAUGACUGUGAGCGGGGACGUGAGCUUGCCUGACCUGCGCCCAGGUCAACUGGCUCUAAGUGUGAGGACCCUGCUGGCGGAGCUGCAUGAGGGGCUGUUUCACUCUCAGCUGCUGCUUACGAAAGCAGCAUCUCAUCCAGACAUCAAAACCACUACCACAGAUCAUGCAGAAGAUCAGUAUAUGCAGAUGGAAGCGGUGGAGAAGCUUCACCGGAUGAUUCCACAGAAGGUCAAUGUGGAGUUUGAGAACACUAACGUUACCCUUUCCAUGCACAGCCAGAAACGGCAUCUGAACUGGACUCUGAAGUCUCUGAAGGUGGAUUAUAGCCUUGAUGAAGAGCAGCCUCCCCUGAAGGCCUUCAGUCCUGAGCUCAGUUUUCCACACAGCAGCCUGGAACUACUGCUGGAGGAUGGACUUCUUCUCUCGCAGAGCAGGCAGAGGAUUAUAUGUCUCAAUACACUUAAAACUCAGCUGCAGGUGUCAUCAGCGGAUGUCUGUGGCUCAGUCACCAUCAGCACCUGCAUCGUUCACUACAGGCAGCAGGAGUUCUCUCACUGGCUGGAUCUUUUCUCCUGGGAACAGCUCACUCACAGGAAGACUGCACACAGAAAAAAACGCUUUCCUCUCCUGGAUGUCCCUUUCACGAUCAGCUCUUUGGUGUCCAAUGUUAACGUGUCCGUUCAGCUGGGAGACACUCCGCCCUUUGCUCUAGGUUUCAUCUCUUCCAGUGCAGAACUGCAGAACUUGGUAGAUUCCAGUACAGAAGAGGAAACUGUGCAGAGUCUGAAUAUGAGUCAGCGAGUUUCUCUGUCACUGGACCAUUUUUGGUGGAGAGUAGGCCAAGGCUCUCACAUCCAGCAAGCUCCUCAUCCACCAGGCAAACAUGUGUGGGGGGAGGCCCUCAUCCUGGACUCUUUCACACUGCAGGUCAGCCACAGUAAGCCACAGAAUGUAGAAUCCACUUCUGCUGCAAGUUUGAGUGCAGAGUCCAAUCUGCAGGGUCUGCAGGUGGAGGUAUCUGAGACCUGCACUCUCUGUCUCUCUCGCCUGCUCUCUCUCCUCAAACUGAGUCAAGCUCAGAACUCCCUCACCCCUGAGCCUUGCACCACACAAGAGUUGCCAAGCCGCCUACCUCCUAUCCUAAAACUCGAGCUUAAACUGCAGGACACUAAUGUGUUCACACUCUCAAACGUGGCGGGAGCUGUUGUGCUGCGGGUCGACACGGUAGGAGCUUGUGGCUCAGCUGAAAGCUCGCAAGUCUCAGUGCAGGGUGUGGCUCUGGUUGUACUGAAAUCACUUACUGAGAGCAUGGAGCCAUGCUACCCUGCAGAUCAGGCCUCCAGUCCAAUCCUCAGCCUCAGCAGCCUCGCUGUGUCCUACCAGAAGAACACCUGCAUUCUAGAGGUGCGGAGCCAAGAUGCCUUAGCGAUGCAGUGGACGCCAUCUGAUCACAUGUUCCUCUAUCAGCAUGUGUGUGAGAGCCGGAGCUGUUGGAGCACACUGUCAGUAGUGCUGGACAUGAAGCAGAAGGAAGCAGCCUCAGACUCUCUAGCACACUCUUCUGUAGGAAGCCUCAACAUGUGUGUUGAUCUGGCCAACACCCAGCUCACUGCGUAUGUUGCUGAGCAGAACUUCGUCAUCAUCCGUGCAGAUGCUCUGUCCAUCUCCAAGCAGCGAGGAGCCACUCACAUCAAGGCACCUCGCCUGGUGUUCAACUUUGAUGGCAAUGACAUCUUCUCCUUUUCUGAACCAGAGGUGCACAUGCUAGAUGAACCACCAGAUGAGCUGCAGCAGCACCGGGCACGUUUUCCAUUCCUCACCACACCACGCAACCGUGCCUGGCUCUUCUCCUUCCCCACCCUGGCUGUGGAGUUCCCUUACCAGUACAACUUCUCCAGCACUUUCGACAAGGCCAUCAGCGUGCAGAAGUGGCUGAAGAGCCUCCACCGUGGUGUGGCACAGCCGGCCGAAACUGAACGCCUUCCUCCAGACUUGUUCUUCCGUAUAGGCCAGUUCUCCUUCGUUUUCUUGGACGACAUCUUUGAGAUCAAGCUGCGUGACAACUAUGAACUGAUGAAGGAUGAGAGUAAAGAAAGUGCCAAACGACUCCAGCUGCUUGACCGCAAGGUGGCUGAGCUGCGCAAGCAGCAUGGUGAGCUGCUGCCAGCCCGAAAGAUUGAGGAGCUGUAUGCCUCACUUGAACGCAAACACAUCGAGAUCUACAUCCAGCGCUCUCGACGCCUCUAUGCCAAUACGCCCAUGCGCAAGUCGCUGCUCACAUGGACACUGACCCAGCUGGAGCUAGUGGCGUUGGCCGACCAAUCCCUCCAUGGCCCUGAGCGAAUCCGCCAGCUUCUUCGUGAGAUUGAUGGCGUCAGCCCAUUCCCCAGAGAUGGCCUGUCCCUGGUAGUGCAGUGGUGCCGUGCAGUCAGGUUUAAGCUGUCCGCUUUCCUAGUGAGGAUCCGGGAUUACCCCCGUUACCUGUUUGAAAUUAGGGACUGGGAGCUGUCAGGGCGGCUCAUUGGGACAGAGCAGGACGGGCAAUUGCGCGGACGACGCAAGGAGGUGGUUCAGCUCGGCCAGCCAUGGGGCGAAGUGACUGUCCACCGGAACAUGCCCCCUCUCAAAUUCUACUAUGAUCUCAGCUCAAACAUAUCCCUCUACACUAUUGUGUGGGGGCCAUGCUGGGACCCUGCUUGGACUCUGAUAGGCCAGGCAGUUGAUCUGUUGAGUAAGCCCACUGCUGACCCCUCUCCCCUGCUGACCUGGUGGGAUAAGAGCAGGCUGCUCUUGCAUGGAUGCUGGCACAUGGACAUUGAACAGGCCAACCUACACCAGCUGGCCACUGAGGAUCCAUACAAUACUACAGAAAACAUGCACUGGGAGUGGAACAAGCUCAACUUCGACUGGAACCCUGGACAGUUUGUCUUUAAGGGUGACAUGGAUGUCAAUGUUAGGACAGCAUCCAAAUAUGAUGAUAUCUGUUUCCUGCACCUUCCCAAUCUGUGUAUGACCCUGGACCUCCAGUGGCUUUGCCAUGGCAACCCACACGACCACCACGCAGUCAUGCUCUGUUGUACAGAGAAUGUGGCCGAUGUGACUUCAGGACAGCCACAUGACUCCUACAGGGCCUUCCGUUCGGAAAACCUGAACCUCUCCAUCACCAUGGACCUUAACCAGAACUCUGAAAGAGGGCCUUGCCAGCCCCGAAUCCUCCUAUACAGCAGUACUCUGCGCUGGAUGCAGAAUUUCUGGGCCACCUGGACCAGCGUGUCGCGGCCCAUCUGCAGAGGAAAACUCUUCCACAGCCUUCGGCCGUUCCGCAAGAAGCUCGGCCAGCACUACAAGCAGAUGUCCUACACAGCAGCAUUUCCUCAGCUGCAGGUUCAUUAUUGGGCGUCCUUUGCUCAGCAGAGAGGCAUUCAGCUGGAGUGCAGUAAAGGCCACAUCUUCACCAGAGGAGCACAAAGGCUUAUUCCACAGGCGGGCACAGUGAUGAGGAGGUUGAUCUCGGAGUGGAAUGUGACGCAGAUGGUGAGCGAGCUGUCUCUGGUCACCGUGCACCUGAUGUCCUCCACCUCAGACGAGACGGCUGACCACCAGAUUAACGCCCAGGUGAAAAAGACCCACCUGCUCAGCCUGUCCUCACUCAGCUACCAAAGACAAAGCAACCGAAUCGAGGAGGAGGUCAACUCAAAAGAUGAAAGCAACGCCUUCUACACACACAAGCUGUGCUUAGUUGACCUGCGCGCUUCCUGGACCACCACCAACAGGAACAUAGCCUUUGGCUUGUAUGAUGGUUACAAGAAGGCCGCUGUGCUGAAGAGGAACCUCUCCACAGAAGCCCUGAAGGGUCUGAGGAUCGACACACAGCUGCAGGCCAAAAAGCUAAAGCGCUCCAUGUCUACUUAUUCCUCCAGUGUUCCUCCCUCCGCUCCUGUUAUCCCUACCACCAUCCGCCCAGAGAAGAGUCAGAACGAAGGCACAUCCAUGCUGCAGAAGCUGAUCGAGGAGACAGAUAAGUUUGUGGUGUUUUCUGAAGAGGAUGCAGGAGUGAGCGAUCAGCUGUGUGGAAUCGCCGCCUGCCAGACGGAUGACGUUUAUAACCGCAACUGGUGCAUAGAACUCGUCAACUGUCAGAUGAUGCUGCGGGGCACUGAGACAGCAGGGUGUGUGCUGGUGUCUGCCGCGAAGGCUCAGCUGCUGCAGUGUGAGCACCACCCAGCCUGGUACAACGACACCCUUAAGCAGAAGACCACGUGGACCUGCUCGUUAGACUGCAUGCAGUACUUUGCCACCAUGGAACCCAACCCUUCUGAACAAGAAGACGGGCAGCUCUGGCUGGAGGUGAAAAACAUUGAAGAGCACAGGCAGCGUAACCUGGACUCAGUGCAGGAGCUGAUGGAGAGCGGACAGGCUGUGGGAGGCAUGGUCAGCACCACCACAGACUGGAACCAGCCAUCCCAGGUGCAGGAGACGCAGCAGGUCCAGCGCAUCAUCUCACGCUGUAGCUGCCGCAUGUACUACAUUGGCUACAGCCACGAUAUUGACCCAGAGCUGGCUACACAGAUCAAGCCUCCAGAAAUACGUGACCGCCAUGAGAAAGAGGAUCUGCUCAAGAAGCAGGCUGGUGCGGUAGACACCUUCACACUGAUCCACAAUGAACUGGAGAUCUCCACUAACCCAGUGCAGUAUGCUAUGAUCCUGGACAUAGUAAACAACCUCCUUCUCCAUGUGGAACCAAGGCGCAAGGAGCACAGUGAGAAGAAGCAGCGUGUGCGCUUCCAGCUAGAGAUUUCCAGUAACCCAGAGGAACAGCGCAGCAGCAUCCUCCACCUACAGGAGGCAGUGCGCCAGCAUGUGGCUCAGAUUCGCCGUCUAGAGAAGCAGAUCUACUCCAACAUAAGGUCCCAACCAGAGGAGCUGAGAGGAGACGAGUUGUCUGACAUCAACCUGCGGCUGCAGAACCAGCUCAACCAGGAGAAGACUGACCUGCAGAUGAAGAGUGAGGAACUCAACAUCCUCAUCAGGUGUUUUAAGGACUUCCAGCUGCAGCGGGCAAAUAAGAUGGAGCUGCGGAAGCCUCCGGAAGACGUGAGUGUUGUGCGUCGCACUGAGAUCUACUUCGCUCAGGCACGCUGGUGUCUCACAGAGGAGGAUGGCCAGCUGGGCAUCGCUGAGCUGGAGCUGCAGAGAUUUAUGUACAGCAAGCUGAAUAAGUCUGAUGACACAGCAGAACAUCUCUUGGAACUUGGCUGGUUCACAAUGAAUAACCUUCUACCCAAUGCUGCUUACAAGGUGGUGUUGCGUCCCCAAAGCCCCUGCCAGUCAGGGCGUCAGCUUGCCCUCCGCAUCUUCAGCAAAGUCCGCCCGCCUGUGGGUGGAAUUUCUGUCAAGGAGCAUUUUGAGGUCAAUGUGGUGCCACUUACCAUCCAGCUCAUGUACCAGUUCUUCAAGAGAAUGAUGGGCUUUUUCUUCCCUGGGAGAAAUGUAGAGGAGGAGGAAGUUGGGGACGAGGAGGACAAGUUCAGAUUGGUCACUACAGGUGUUGUAAAGCCGAGGCAGCUGUCUGAAGACUCCAUCGCGGGGCUGGGCCCCAGCAAAGGGGUCACGCAGGGGAUAAAUCGCACAGCAGGGGUUAGAAGGUCAUUCCGUAAACCACCUGAGCACCCUGUCGAUGACAUUGACAAGAUGAAAGAGAGAGCCGCAAUGAACAACUCUUUCAUCUACAUCAAAAUCCCUCAGGUUCCCCUCUGUGUCAGCUACAAGGGGGAAAAGAGCAGCGUAGAUUGGAAGGAUCUGAACCUGGUGCUGCCCUGCUUGGAGUAUCAUAACAACACGUGGACCUGGCUGGACUUUGCCAUGGCUGUGAAGAGAGACAGCCGAAAAGCUUUGGUUGCCCAGAUGAUAAAAGAGAAGCUGCGCCUGAAGCCGGCUGCGGCCUCCGAGUCUCGGGGUAAAGUGGCCGAAGGAAAGGUGGACAGCAGCGUGCAACAGCAGGAGGAGGACGAGAAGGCCCGACUGCUGAUCGGCCUCAGCACCAACGACAAGAGCUCCAGCAAGAAGAGUAUCUUCAGCCGCCGCAAGUGAGCCCAGGGUAUGGAAAGACUACAGACGCUCGACAGGGUCCUUCUGCCUGUGUCUGGUUCCUUUAGUCUCAGAGGAGGGGGUGGUGGACCAUGAUGGAGAUCCAGGCAGAGCAUCAGAGAGACAGCUCUCCUCUCCUCUUCACCAGAGUUGCCUUCAGAACUCCACACUGGCUAUGGACAGAUCGUGAGAUGUUCCAGUUAAGGAAGGUUGGAUUAUCACACUACUGUCUUUGAAGAGGGCAGCAUACUUAGGAAUCAACAUUCACGUUGUCACACACUCUCUUAUUGCCAUAAGUGUUUCAUAUGUCAUUGUAGUUCAGUGCACUACAUACUGUUCUCAUCUAUCAUGAUAAACAUUUCAUUGAGCCCCAGAGUUUAAGGUGGAAUUUUAAUCAUUUCAUGAGUAAUCAGUCCUCUCAGUAUCUGUACCACAGAAAUAGUGAUUCUGUUUUAAUGACUGCUAACAUCUCCUGCGGGAUCAGGAGACUCUAAAAUCUAAAGGGAAAGUCUUGCAGGCACAUUUUUAUGCACCUUGGAGGAGAUGCCGGGCAAACCACAAGGGAUCAAAAAUGGGUUUCAAUCCAGAGGUAUACUUUGUAGUAUUACAAAUACACUGAAAAGCAUUUCCAUUUACUUACCCAAUGCCUUUACCUCUGAAUAAAAUGCACCCUGAGAAGCCGUUAAGAAUUUCUUUAAAACUUAAGAUAGCACUAUGAUUACAAAGAAGUCACACAGGUGUGUAAUAUUUCAUUGUUGACCUCAGAUUUACUGUACUAACAACCUUUGUGCAAUACCUACAAGAAAAGCAGAUGAAAUACCUGCCUGGUAUGGUGAUUGUGUUGAUAUUGCUGUUUGUCGGGAGCUUUACUGUUUUGUAAUAUUUGAAGCACUCUCAAUAAUGCUAAUUUUAACACUGUGGCACUUUUGAAGUUGUGUUUUUUUUUGUUAGUUUUUUUUUCUUUUUCUGGUGUUUUUGUAUCCUUUCAUUUCAACAUUGAUGUUAAAUGCUGUUGAUUUUGUUGUUCAGCUUAAGAGGAGAAAAAUGUCAAGGAAGAUUUAUUUCAGCCUGAAAGAAGUAUUGUGUUUUUCUUGUAAUUUCAGAGCAUCGGCUCUGUGGGGAUGUGUUUUAAUAACUGUCGCAAUGCUUUGUAAAUUUAAUUUUCAGCAUUAAAAUUGAAGCCCCAGUAAA